CUGGAUGGGAAGCCGACGACGAAAUUCACGCGUGAGCUGGAUGAGUUUCAGAUCGCGUCGUUGUUGCCGUCCCUCUGCCCAUCAUCAUUAAAGGGUGUCGUACGAAAGCGAGAUCGCACAAUGCAAGAAGGGGCUAAAAAAAAUUAAUUGAAUCAACAGGAUCUUAGUACUUGAUGCGGAGUAUAGAAAACACCCUCCGCCGGCUGCUGCCUCCAUGACCGCAUCAUCAGUGACCUCACCGGACCAGAGCUGUGCCGGAUGUUCUUGCAUUAUAUUGGCCCUCCUUUCUUUCUCAAGCGAUCUUUGCGAAACGAGCCGGUCAAUCAUCAGUAUCAUCACCCAGGAGGCCCCAACUUGGCAGCAUAAAGGGACAGAGAGGCGAUGCGAAUGGGGGGAGAGGAAGAGACAGAGACGGGGGAAGAGAUGAGCAACGACGACGGUACGAACACUGUCCCCCUCCUGACCCCUCACAAGAUGGGCAGGUUUGAUCUUUCCCACAGGGUGGUUCUGGCGCCACUAACUAGGCAGCGGUCCUACGGUAAUGUUCCUCAGCCUCAUGCCAUACUGUAUUACCAACAGAGAACUACUAAAGGAGGCCUUUUGAUCGCUGAGGCCACUGGAGUGUCUGACACUGCUCAAGGGUACAAGGAUACUCCUGGUAUUUGGACAAAGGAGCAAGUGGAAGCAUGGAAGCCAAUCGUAGAUGGGGUCCACGAGAAAGGAGGAAUAUUCUUUUGUCAGAUUUGGCACGUAGGGAGAGUCUCCAACUCCACUUUUCAGCCUAAUGGGCAAGCUCCAGUUUCAAGCACUGAUAAGCCAGUGAAUAGUGUACAUGUGGCUAAGUUCACACCUCCUAGACGAUUAGAAACUAGUGAAAUCCCUUCGAUCAUCAACGAUUUCAGGAUAGCUGCCAGAAAUGCAAUUGAAGCUGGAUUUGAUGGUGUUGAAAUCCAUGGAGCUCAUGGUUACUUGAUUGACCAGUUUUUAAAGGACCAGGUCAAUGAUCGCACGGACAAAUAUGGUGGCAGCUUAGAGAACCGUUGCCGCUUUGCCCUGGAAAUUGUUGAAGCCGUAGUUGGUGAAAUUGGGCCUGAAAAGGUUGGGAUAAGACUUUCACCUUUUGGCAAUUAUUCAGGAGCAGCAGACUCAAACCCAGAAGCACUAGGCCUAUAUAUGGCACAUGCACUGAAUAAAUUUGGAAUCCUUUACUGCCAUGUGGUGGAGCCUCGGAAGGUAAAACUUGGUGAAAUUUUUGAAAACCCCUACAAUCUUGGUCCAGUGAGGGAUGCUUUCAAGGGAACACUUAUUGUUGCUGGCAACUACAAUAGGAAGGAUGGGAACAAUGCAAUCUCCAGUGGCUAUGCUGACCUGAUUGCAUAUGGGCGCUUAUUUUUGUCCAAUCCUGACUUGCCUCGGAGGUUUGAAAUUGAUGCUAGUCUCAAUAAGUACAACAGUGAGACUUUCUACAUCCCUGAUCCAGUUAUCGGAUAUACUGACUACCCAUUUCUUUCAUCAGACAUCUAAAGGUCGAUGAUUGGAUAGCUACCUUGUGUGUGCUAGUAAUAUUAGAGGAGUAAGGUCAUUAAUUGAUCUGAAUUCUGGGAUUUCAUGUGCAUGGACCAAACAAUAUGAUCAUCUUGAUGGAGUCAUGCUCGCUAUGUUACAUAUUUCCUCCUUUUGCUUCCACAUGUGUUCCAUUAGUCACUGGCAUAGCCAGCAAAGGAAUAAAUUAAGGGUAGGUUCAGUCGAGUGCUCUAGCAGAGAGAUGUUUUAGCUUUCAAAUUUUAGAAGUUAAGAAAGUAGAAUCCACUAGCUACUCAAGCUAGAAAAAUAAUUUCUUAGGCAUAUGGUUCGAAAUGAUAAGUCUCUGGUAUUCUUAGGCAUAUGGUUCGAAAUGAUAGUCUCUGGUACAAAAGCUAUAUAUAUCAGAUGAAGGUGAGCCUUUUAUCAUGGACAUUCUUUAUGAUGAAGAACAAAAAAGGCUGCUUUGUGUUAAUUACUAAUUUUUUUCUUAUUUUUCCUCCAAUUCUUCUCUUUCAGCGACUACACAUGUACUGGAUCAUGCAAACCAGGAUAUAAUUGUAAUUCAGAGUUUGUUGGAUUCACAUAUCUAUGAGAUCCAACCAUUUUUUUUGUUUUUACAAUUUUCUUCCAUAUGAGAAACUGAGCAGAUUGUGUCGCAUUGUUAUUUGAAAGGGGGUAGAAGUCUGAAUAAGUGAGCUUAAUUUGUGUCAUGCUGAUUGUCUUAAGACGGGAUUCUGUUUUAUCAUUUCAGUUUGUUAUACCAAAUUCUAGGGCCAUAUAUUCUUUUUUCA